AGUCCUCCAGCCGCCGGGUUCGCGCCGCGGUCCCCAGCUGCUGACGUGCGCGGGCCGGGUGUGGGGCCGUGGGCGCGGACAGCUAUGGCGGUGGACAUCACGCUGCUGUUCCGGGCCAGCGUCAAGACCGUAAAGACUCGGAACAAGGCCCUGGGAGUGGCGGUGGGCGGCGGGGUCGAUGGCAGCCGCGAUGAGCUGUUCCGCCGGAGCCCCCGGCCCAAGGGCGACUUCUCCAGCCGGGCCCGCGAAGUGGUUUCUCACAUUGGCAAACUGAGAGAUUUUCUUCUGGAACACAGGAAAGAUUAUAUUAAUGCUUAUAGCCAUAUCAUGUCUGAAUAUGGGAGGAUGACAGACACAGAGCGAGACCAGAUAGACCAGGAUGCUCAGAUAUUCAUGAGGACCUGUUCAGAGGCAAUUCAGCAACUAAGAGCAGAAGCCCACAAGGAGAUACAUUCCCAGCAAGUGAAGGAGCACAGGACUGCUGUUUUGGAUUUCAUUGAAGAUUACUUAAAAAGUAUUUCAUUUUCUCUUAAAGGAGUGUGUAAACUUUACUCAGAACAAAGAGCCAUCCGAGUUAAAAGAGUGGUGGAUAAGAAAAGAUUAUCUAAGCUGGAACCAGAACCAAAUACAAAGACAAGAGAAUCCACAUCUUCUGAGAAAGUUUCACAGGAUACUUCAAAAGACUCUGAAGAAAAACCUGUCACUGAAGAAUGUCCAGAAAAUACUUUGGCCAAAGCACGACCUGAAUUGGGAACCUGGGGGAAUGGCAAAGGUGAAGAUGAAUUAUCCCCAGAAGAAAUACAAAUGUUUGAACAAGAAAAUCAACGACUAAUUGGUGAAAUGAACAGCUUGUUUGACGAAGUGAGGCAAAUCGAAGGGAAAGUGGUUGAAAUUUCCAGACUCCAAGAGAUAUUCACGGAAAAAGUUUUGCAGCAGCAAGCUGAGGUUGAUAGCAUUCACCAACUAGUUGUAGGGGCAACUGAAAAUAUCAAGGAGGGCAAUGAAGACAUAAGAGAGGCCAUUAAAAACAAUGCAGGCUUCCGUGUGUGGAUCCUCUUCUUCCUGGUGAUGUGCUCCUUCUCCUUGCUCUUCCUCGACUGGUACGACAGCUAGCCUGGUGCGGGUGGCUCUGCCGGCAGUGGGCAGUGGGUGCCCAGUCCGGGAAUCUGCACGGGCGCUUCUGACAAACCAUGUGCCAUCAUGUGUCUCUGGUGCUGGAGCGUGGUUAUGACCAGAUCUUAUCACAGGGCCACUGAGGGGAGAGCGGAUUGAGACAGACACAUGUACUCCCACAAGAGGGAUACCCAAACCAGUGGUUUUCAACCUAUUUAGCAGAUGAAAAAGGAAACAGUGAACGCAGAUUAAAAGUGACUUGUGUUGUAAUUAAGGCAAAACAGAUUGAACGAGGAGACAUGGGUAUUAACUGCACCUAACCCUGAAGCUGCUGUGGCAGGGACGGCUCCAGGGGAGGGCACAUCAGGGCUCAGGCUUCCCCAGGUCAUCUCAGGUCUCAAAGAAGUCGCUGGCCUUUCCUAUCCCGGUAGCUUUGGGGAAAAUCACUAUUAUUAAUGUCUCCCAACAAAUGAUUACUUCUGUGUUUCCUUGUGGCUUCUUGUCUACCUGAGUCAACCAAUACGCAGACUCAUUAUGUUAUAGAGAAGCUCACAUUUGCUUUGCUAAUCUAAUAAAUAUGAUCACAACCACUUAA